AUGGACUCCGCCAAGGCUCUUGAGGUGGACAACUGGAUGAAGACUAUGGCGGUGAAAGCUGCCAAGAAAUUCGUCCCUCAGAAGGAGCUGCUCAGAAUGCGGUGGGUUCUCACCUUCAAAAGCAGCUCCGAGGCAGAUGCUGUGCAAGGUACACCUCCUUCCCAAGAUUGCGUAAAAGCGAAGGCUCGCAUCGUAAUCCUAGGAUACAGCGAUCCUCAUCUUCUGGAUGCCUCCUCCGUGAGUCCGGCAAUGUCAAGACUUUCCACAGGUGCCGAGCGUUUGACAACCGACAGCUGCGUGUGGCGCAUCAGAGCAUGGUCCAAUUUCCUCCAGGGCUUCAAGGGUGCCUACGAAUGGUCGCCGUGGGAGUAUGGAGCCUUCAAACACUGUGGAGUGCAGAUAGUGCAACAUCCAGACUUUUCCGUGUCCAUUGAUCACUCAUCGUUCUGUUCUGAGCUUAAGCAAAUGACUCCCAUCAAGGAGACUCGCAAGCUUCAUCCUGAAGAACUGAGUCAAGUUCGUGCGAUUCUGGGAUCUAUUCAGUGGCGCGUGUACCAAAGCGCUCCACAACACGCAGCCAAACUGAAUUAUCUCCAAAGUCUGGUGGCUGUUCAAGACUCAAGCAUGGUAGAGCAAGUAAAUAAAUUGGUGCGUGAGGUUUUUGCUGCCAGGAGUUUGUCGUGCCAGGUGCAAGCAUUGGGAGCCGACAAUCCCGAUGACCUCUGCAUGAUCGGCUGGAGCGACGCUUCACUUGCAAAUCGUCCAGAUUUCUCUUCUACAGGGGGAUACCUCAUUGCCCUAAUGAGCAAAAAGGCCAUUCAAGAUGGCAUGGGCCGCGUCAACCCAGUAUCCUGGCGUAGUGGCAAACUGCGCAGAGUAGCGAGAUCAAGCCUCUCGGCAGAAUCUCAGGCAUUAGCCGAUGCCGAGCAAGAACUUUUCUACGCUCGUUCGGAGUGGCGAGAAAUGAUGGGAGACGACCUAGGAGCCACCAAACCCGAGGAAGUUUCCAAGCGCAUGCAGGGCUACUUGGUAGUGGACGCCAAAGCUAUGUUUGAUACCCUUUCCAAAGGAGUCCUGGCGGCGAGCCAGAAAGACAAGUACACGGGACUGGAGUUGUUGGCUCGGAGUCAGCACUUGGAGGCCCAACAAACCACUCUGCUAUGGUGCGAUUCUGAUCACCAACUUGCUGAUGGUCUCACGAAAGCUAGUAAGCAGGAUGUUCUCAAAAGAUUCUUGUCCAGUGGAAUGUGGCGUAUUAGGUACGAUGGUGCCUAUGUGUCAGCAAAGAAAAGAAGACAGAUGAUCCAUGAGGAAGAAGAGGGAAACUCGACUUUUCUCCUCGAUUUUGUUUUCCGCACACACUGA